GGAAGCGGCGCGGUGCCGGGCUGAGCGCGGGAGAUAGGGGCGACGGAGCCAUGGGGGACGCUCCGAGCCCUGAAGAGAAGCUGCACCUUAUCACCCGGAACCUGCAGGGUAAAGGAUGAGCAAGGUGGGGCACCAGCAUUAAACCAGCUCUUCUGCUUCCACAACAGGAGGUUCUGGGGGAAGAGAAGCUGAAGGAGAUACUCAAGGAGCGGGAACUUAAAGUUUACUGGGGAACAGCAACCACAGGCAAGCCACAUGUGGCUUACUUCGUGCCUAUGUCUAAGAUUGCAGACUUCCUAAAAGCAGGAUGCGAGGUAACGAUUCUGUUUGCGGACCUUCACGCAUACCUGGAUAACAUGAAAGCUCCAUGGGAACUUCUAGAACUCCGAACCAGCUACUAUGAGAAUGUGAUCAAGGCAAUGCUAGAGAGCAUUGGUGUACCCUUAGAAAAGCUCAAGUUCGUCAAAGGCACUGAUUACCAGCUCAGCAAAGAGUACACACUAGAUGUGUACAGGCUCUCGUCCGUGGUCACACAGCACGAUGCCAAGAAAGCUGGGGCUGAGGUGGUAAAGCAGGUGGAGCACCCUUUGCUGAGUGGUCUGCUGUACCCCGGAUUACAGGCCUUGGAUGAAGAGUAUUUGAAAGUAGAUGCCCAGUUUGGAGGUGUUGAUCAGAGGAAGAUUUUCACCUUUGCGGAGAAGUACCUCCCUGCACUCGGCUACUCAAAACGGGUCCAUCUGAUGAAUCCCAUGGUUCCAGGAUUAACCGGCAGUAAAAUGAGCUCCUCAGAAGAGGAGUCCAAGAUUGAUCUUCUUGACCGGAAGGAAGAUGUGAAGAAAAAACUAAAGAAGGCCUUCUGUGAGCCAGGGAAUGUGGAGAACAAUGGGGUUCUGUCCUUCAUCAAGCAUGUCCUCUUUCCCCUCAAGUCCGAGUUUGUGAUCCUUCGAGAUGAGAAAUGGGGUGGGAACAAAACCUAUACUUCUUACUCGGACCUGGAAAAGGACUUCGCUGACGAGGUUGUACAUCCUGGAGACCUGAAGAAUUCUGUGGAGGUCGCCCUGAACAAGUUGCUGGAUCCUAUCCGGGAAAAGUUUAACACCCCUGCCCUGAAGAAACUGACCAGCGCUGCCUACCCAGAGCCCUCCAAGCAGAAGCCAGUUGCCAAAGGCCCUGCCAAGAAUUCAGAACCAGAGGAGGUCAUCCCGUCCCGGCUGGAUAUCCGCGUGGGGAAAAUCAUUAGCGUGGAGAAGCACCCGGAUGCAGACAGCCUGUAUGUGGAGAAGAUUGAUGUGGGGGAAGCCGAGCCUCGGACUGUGGUGAGCGGCCUGGUGCAGUUCGUGCCCGAGGAAGAGCUGCGGGACCGGCUGGUGGUGGUCCUGUGCAACCUGAAGCCCCAGAAGAUGAGAGGCAUUGAGUCCCAAGGCAUGCUUCUGUGCGCCUCCACAGAGGGGGUGACCCGCCAGGUGGAGCCUCUGGACCCUCCUGCAGGCUCUGCUCCCGGUGAGCGAGUGUUCGUGAAGGGCUAUGAGAAGGGCCAGCCAGAUGAAGAGCUUAAGCCCAAGAAGAAAGUCUUCGAGAAGUUGCAGGCUGACUUUAAAACCUCUGAGGACUGCAUCGCACAGUGGAAGCAAACCAACUUCAUGACCAAGCUGGGGUGUGUCUCCUGUAAAUCGUUGAAAGGGGGGAACAUCAGCUAGCUACCCCAGCAUCCUGCUCCCUUCUCCCAUCUCCCCAAGUCAUCUGCUGUCUCAGUUUGCUCUGUCCUAUGCCCAUUUACCCAUCUCCCAGGACACCAAAGCAGGAAGUUGGGGACGUUAUCAGGGGUGGAACUCAGUAAGCCGGAGCUCAGCCUCCCCAGAAUCCAGAACCAUCCUGUUCCAACUGCCCUGAGCUCCAGGGUGGUAAUGUGGGCGGGGUGGCCAUGGGGAAUCUACACUCUACCUUCUUUCCCUGGCAGCUGACUGGAGAAAUCUGGUUUCAAUAGAACUCAUACAAAAAGUUUAUGCCACAGUCCUUCUAAUUGGAAAAAUAUUGGUUCCCGUGUUUUCCUAGAGUUUUCCCAGCAGCUGUGCCUCGGUCUGGGAUCUGGUGCCUGAACUGGGCUAAUUACAACCUUUCCCCAACAGGAAAUUGUGGGAUCUGAAAAGGAAAGGGAGGGGAAAACAGAGAACCUAGCGGUCUACCAAGCAGUGGGCAGCCUUCCCCAGUGCCUGGCAACCCUGAGGCCCGGCCCCAUUUCUUUCCCUUGAUCCUGCUGGGUUGAGACAUUCCCUAAACCCGCUGUGUGUUAAUAUCAGAAGUAAGGCAGAUGGCACAGCCUGAAUCUUGGUUCAGAGCGAGGGGUACUUCUUCAUAAGGCAUCAGGAUCAGAAUCAUUGUCAUUGUCAUGAAUUCAAAUAAACAGUCCGAACA